AUGGGAAAUUGUUGCGCUCAUGGACGAGACGAACCCACGCAGGACAGAGGACUUGGAGAUAGUGCUGAAGCCUCUGUGAAAGCUUCUAGACACCCACCAGCAUCUCCUCCUCCUGGAGCCAAGCAAGGCCCCAUAGGACCAGUCCUAGGCCGACCAAUGGAAGAGGUAAAAAGCUCAUAUACAUUAGGGAAAGAGCUUGGCCGUGGACAGUUCGGUGUAACCUAUCUCUGCACUCAAAAAUCCACGGGACUACAAUUCGCAUGCAAGACCAUUGCCAAAAGGAAGCUGGUGAACAAAGAAGACAUUGAAGAUGUAAGAAGAGAGGUUCAGAUAAUGCAUCACUUGACAGGUCAACCAAACAUCGUUGAGCUCAAAGGAGCGUAUGAGGAUAAGCACAACGUGCAUUUGGUUAUGGAGCUUUGUGCUGGAGGAGAGUUGUUUGAUAGGAUUAUAGCCAAAGGUCAUUACUCUGAGAGAGCUGCUGCUUCGUUGCUAAGAACCAUUGUUCAGAUUAUACAUACUUGUCAUUCAAUGGGGGUUAUCCACAGAGACUUGAAGCCUGAGAACUUUUUGUUGCUUAACAAAGAAGAGAACUCUCCUCUAAAGGCAACAGACUUUGGGCUUUCCGUGUUCUACAAGCCAGGAGAGGAGUUUAAAGAUAUUGUGGGAAGUGCUUAUUACAUUGCACCUGAGGUUUUGAAGAGGAAGUAUGGACCAGAGGCUGAUAUUUGGAGCAUUGGUGUCAUGUUGUAUAUUCUCUUGUGUGGUGUUCCACCUUUCUGGGCUGAGUCUGAGAAUGGGAUUUUCAAUGCCAUUUUAAGUGGACAGAUUGAUUUUGCAAGUGAUCCAUGGCCAGCUAUUUCACACCAGGCAAAGGAUCUUGUGAGGAAGAUGCUAAACUCUGAUCCAAAACAAAGACUAACCGCUGCUCAAGUUCUCAACCAUCCAUGGAUUAAGGAGGAUGGAGAAGCACCAGAUGUUCCUCUUGACAAUGCUGUGAUGUCAAGGCUCAAGCAGUUCAAAGCAAUGAACAACUUUAAGAAAGUUGCUUUAAGGGUGAUAGCCGGGUGCUUAUCAGAAGAAGAAAUCAUGGGGUUAAAGGAGAUGUUCAAAGGUAUGGACACUGAUGACAGUGGAACAAUAACUCUUGAGGAACUAAGACAAGGACUUGCCAAGCAAGGUACAAGGUUGUCUGAAUACGAAGUCCAACAGUUAAUGGAAGCUGCUGAUGCUGACGGUAACGGAACAAUAGACUAUGGAGAGUUCAUAGCAGCAACAAUGCACAUUAACAGACUUGACAGAGAAGAGCAUCUCUUCUCAGCUUUCCAACACUUUGACAAAGACAACAGUGGAUAUAUUACAAUGGAAGAGCUGGAGCAAGCCCUGAGGGAGUUUGGCAUGAGUGAUGGCAGAGACAUCAAGGAAAUCAUUUCUGAAGUUGAUGGAGACAAUGAUGGGAGGAUAAACUAUGAGGAGUUUGUGGCAAUGAUGAAAAAAGGAAACCCAGAUCCUAACCCUAAGAAGCGGCGUGAACUGUCCUUUGACACAACUUGA